GAAACCCCCGCUCUUCCUCUAACCCCCAUUCUUUCCCAACCGAAACAUCUGCCUACCGUCCUCUCCUCUUCCUUUCCUCCCACAGAAUUCCACCACAACUAAACCAAAAACCCAUCUUUUCUUUUUCUUGUUCUGGUACUUUUUUUCUAUCCUCAACGUUUGAGGAAGCUCGAAUCGACGGCGCCGUCCCGGUCGCGAGAUUAGGGUUUUCUCGCUGCCGCUGCGGCUCGUCGGUUUCCACGACAUACCGUGCACGAUUCCCGUGGAGGCAGUGAAUGGAUAUAGGUGGAGUUGAGCACCGAGGGCGUUUGGCACAGCAGAAGACAUCUUGGACAGAAGAUAAGCAUAGGUUGCCAUUGCUCCCUUCCAAAAAGAACAAUGACAUUUCUGCCACCUGCAAGCCCAAGAAUGUUGCUUCUACGUACAAGUCUGGGAUCUCAUCUACCCCUGUUUUAACUCCUAGUUCACCAAGACGACACCCCUCUCCAAAUGCCAGUCACACAUCUCCUGCACCUGCGGUGUCACUGCCUAAGCGGCCCCAAUCUGCUGAGAGGAGACGACCAACAACCCCUUCAUCGAGGUUCUCUGCACCCUCAUCCCCUUCUAGUUCUUCUACACGCUCUUCCCCAUCUUCUAGAUCAACAACACCAGCACAUGAUAUGGUGGCGGAAAUUCACAGCACCACGCGGCGCUUACUCAGCAACAGGACUCCCGAUGGUUUGUGGCCAUCAAUGCGGAGCCUGUCUUCCUCAUUCCAGUCAGAUUCUCCCAUAAUUUCUGUAAGUGAAAAAGAAAAAGUGGUUGUGAAUUCCUCAGAGAAAACAAUUAAGUCUCCGGCCAAUAUAGUAAUUGAGAGAAAGAGGACUCUUCUGAGAGGAAGAAACUCAUCUGACCAAUCAGAGAAUUCUAAACCAUUGGAUAACUCAAAUGCAAGGGUCAUCGAUCAAUGUCGGUGGCCUGGGAUGCUGGGAGGAAGGUCGUCUGCAAAUGGCUUGUCAAGAAGUGUGGAUCUCUCUGAUAGGUCUAGUAGAUCAGCAUCUUUAACAGUUGCAUCACGGGGGGUCUCCCCAAAGAGAACGAAUCCGUCAUCUGAUAGUGCAACUAGAGUUCCCCAGCCAUCUUUAAGUGAGGUUACGGAGCGAGUAUUUAAUGAUGGUGGUGGAAGAGCAGAGCAGUGUGUGAAAUCAGUUGUAAAGUCCUCUUCACAAAUUUCCAUGAGAUAUUCAUCAAUAACACGGUCAAAUAAGACUCAGUCAUCGCCAGUCCCAGGUUUGCGUAGCCUUUCUUCACCGAGUAAGGUUUUGUCAACAUCAACAUCAUCAUAUACUGCUAGGGGUAUGUCAAGUCCUUCAAGGACAAGACCAUCUACUCCGGUCUCAUCAUCUAGCAACGUUACUAGCAGAAUGGUUGGCACAUCCUCUGUCCUUAACUACAGUGUUGAUGUGCGAAAAGGAAAGAAGAAUAGAAAUCACAUAGAAGAUGCUCAUCAGCUAAAGCUGCUUUAUAAUGCAAACUUGCGGUGGUGCUUUGUCAACGCUCGAGCAGACAAGACACUAUUGGUUCAGAAAAUGAAGACAGAGAAUGUUCUUCACAGUGUGUGGAAUAGAAUUUCAAAAUUGCAUGAUCCUGUGAUCUUGAAAAGAAUUGAUGUGCAGUGUCUGCAGCUGGAAAUGAAGUUGCGUAUAAUUUUGAAAGAACAGAUGGCAUACCUUGAAUGUUGGGUGGCAUUAGAAAGGGAACAUUGUAGCUCUUUAUCUGGUGCAGUGGAAGCUUUAAAUGCAAGCACCCUACGUCUUCCUAUUACCGGAGGUGCAAAGGCAGCUGUAGUUGAUGUAAAAAAUGCUGUUAGUUCAGCAGUUGACGUUAUGCAAGCAAUGGGUUCCUCCAUUGCCCAUUUACUAUCUAAGGUAGAGGGUACCAAGUCGCUGGUCUCUGAGCUUUCAACCAUUGCGGCAAGAGAAAAAUCCAUGCUUGAUGACUGCAGAGAUUUACUAGCUUCAACAGCAGCGAUGCAGGUGCAGGAGUCCAGUCUUAGAACACAUAUCAUACAACUUAAACAAGAUGCUCAUGAGCCAGAUUAACCAAGUUCCAUAAAUCAAAGGUCAUCAGGUGAUGAGAGCUCAUGCUUCUUGAGGGUAACAACUUCCAAAUGGAAGAGAUGAAACUUGCAACACGUGG